GUAAAUAGUUUAUAUUCAUAUGAAGACUAAAUGAUAAAUUUUUCUGUUAAAGGGAAAUUAAGUUACAAUUUCUCUCCUAAAUAGGAUAAUUUGUGCUCUUUAAAAUAGCAAAUCAGAAAUUAACUAAAACUUGUUCACUGAAAUGAAAACGGGUGACACUCAUGCCUUCGAGGGAUAUUUAACGUGCAUGAGGUUCAAUUGGGAGCAAAAUAAUGCACUUUAGUAGUGGCCUACUUUUGGAAUUGUCUGGUAAGCGAGCGAAAAAUGUUUGGCGGUUGGAGAUGUAUUAAAUGUUAGCUGAAGUUUUAAAUGUUUUUAAUACGACCUAAUAGCGAUCAAACAAGUUAAAGACACACUUCAAAGAAUCUUUAAAACAAGAAACUAUUUUCCAAAGACAUUUGACCAAUAGCAGUUCAUCCUGCAGCAUAAGUACUGUAAAUUCUACCUGGAUUGGUGUACUUCCAGAGAUAAGAGAUUCCAUAGAGUUACAACAUGCCUGAAGUUUACCAUAAAGAUCCUGCCGGAUGUCAAAUACUCAGCUAUGAUUACAAUGGAUUUUUGGUGCCAUCAUUUCCAAAUGUUCAAGAAAAUAUGGACAGACUUCCAGAUAUGCCAGUAAGAGAUGAUGAUGUUUUUCUUCUAGGCUAUUUUAAAGCUGGUUGUCACUGGAUGUGGGAAAUCAGCGGAAUGUUACUUAAUGGUUCUGCUGAAUACAGCUCACUUUCAAAGGAUAUUGCAAUGAUGGAAUAUGCAAGCCAAGACCAAAUAGACCAGCUUCCAUCACCCAGAGUUCUAAACAAUCACCUGCUCUUGCAUCAUUUACCAAGAGAGAUAUUUACCAAAAAAUCUAAAAUGAUUUUCAUGACACGCAACCCUCGUGAUAUUGCUGUUUCUGCCUACCACCAUACAUUCCAGCUGAACUCAUUCUACCACUAUGAUGGAGACUGGAAAGGAUUCUUUGAAAUGUUUUUAGAAGGCAAAUUGAAUUAUGGCAACUGGUUUCAAUAUAUGCUACAGUGGGAGAAAGAUAUCAAAGACCAUCCCGAUCUACCCAUAUUGAUAGUCAAAUAUGAAGAUCUUAAAAAGGAUCCAGUUGGCAAUGUGGCUAAAGUGUCCAAGUUUUUAGGUCUUCCUAAAAACGACCAACUUUUUAAAGAUAUUGCUGACAAAUGUUCAUUUUCCAAAAUGAGAGUAGCAAAGCAAGAAGGUGACAUCCUUAGAACUUCUGGAGAAUCUCUUUAUCGUAAAGGUGUUGUUGGUGACUGGAAGAAUUGGUUCACAGUUUCUCAGAAUGAGAGAUUCCAAGUGGAAUGUGACAAAUUUGACAAGCAGUCUACGUUGUUUAAUACAAAGUACUAAAUAUCACUUUAGUAUUGUUAUGAGUUUCUCAUAAACACCUUUAUAUUGCAUUUGUUAAUAUGUUUAAUAUUUUCAUUGCUAUUUAAUAAUCAUUUGGUUCCUAUCAAGUAGAAUAUAUUUUAAUAUCUACUAUCUCAAAGUGUUAGUUUUAAUUUUAUAUCAUGGAAGAACCAUUUAAGAACAAACAAUCCCUUAAAUUUACUUUAUGUCACGUGCUAAUUGUUUAAUAGUUUUCAUUGGUAUCUGAAAAUCACUUUAUUUCUAUAUACCUAGAACAUAUUUUAAAAUUGUUAGUUUUACUUCUAAAAUUUUUAGUUUUAUAAUAAUAAUAGUGAUAAUAAUAAUAAUAAUAAUAAUAAUAAUAAUAAUAAUAAUAAUAAUAAUAAUAAUAAACUGCUCUAUUGGAGAAAGCUAGGAUACUUGGGUUUUGAGUAUUUUCCAUGAUACUUAACACCUAAGCACCAAGUCAUAUAAUUUGCGGAAAGCGACCCUAUGGGACCUCUCAGAAUUAAGCAGUACAAGUAAGAUCAAGAGCACUGAGAAGUAAAUAAUAAUAAUAAGAAGAAGAAUAAUGGUUUCAAAUUUUUCCACAAGGGCAGCCAUUUGUGGGGAGUAGAUGACUCAAUUACAUCAACCUUAAUGUUUCACUGGUAUUUAAUUU